UGCUGGGUAGGGAAGAUGUUGCGUCCAGUUUGGCGGUGGCUUUGCCUCGGACUGUGCAGCCUCCUGCUGGGACAGGCGGAGGCCCCGAGCCCCGUGGAGCCGCCGGAGCGGAGCCGGCCGUAUGCGGUGCUGCGUGGGCAGAACCUGGUGUUGAUGGGAACUAUUUUCAGCAUCCUGCUGGUGACCGUGAUCCUUAUGGCAUUUUGCGUCUACAAGCCCAUUCGGCGUCGGUGAUGGCCAAGCCAGCCCUCCCACGAGCAUUUGGGAGCAGAAUAAGUUGUGUUGCACAUGGGUCAGUGGAGAAGGUGGAAUCAGAACUUAACUGCUUGGAAACGAUCAUCGGUCUGGACAGUUGGUAAAUGCUGAAUGAUUUAGAAAAAACAUUUAGCCAUUAUCUUAUCCUAACACUGUAAUGCAAGUAUUUGGCCACUUGAGCCUGCUUCUCAGUGUUUUUUAUAUCCGGCUGUACCUGUUGAAAGUAAGACCUGAAGCUCCAAGGUUCAGGGUAAAGAUGGAGUGUUCACGAGAAAGAAAACAUGACUUUGUGAGUGAUGUAAAAGCCACACUGGAAAGGAAUAAUCAUUAACGCUUGAAAAUAUUAAGAAGAGUAAGACUUAACAUGUAGACAUUCCCUGCUUAAGAACCAUUUGGUCACAACGGGUUAAGAAUCCCAAAUGUUUUUAAUUAUCCCGAGUUGGCCUAGAUGCCCCGUUUGCAAAGCAGUGUCAGCUGUGGGGAACAUAGGCCGCCACUCCUCACUCUGCACGGAGCUCUGCACUCAGACGCCCCCACUGAAGUCGGGGUCACACCAGCUAGGCCUGUGACCAUGGGCACCCUUGGGCUGGAAGGCACUGGGGGUGGCUGGAAGUGUUAGCACUUGGCCCAUCUGAAAAAGAAUUGGUGCCAUUCAAACACGUUGAUCUCCUUGUCCUGCACUUAAGUCUUCCCAGCCCUUGGCCUAGAAGUCAGGGCAGAUUUUUUUUUUUUUUUUUUUUUGCGGUACGCCGGCCUCUCACUGCUGUGGCCUCUCCCGUUGCGGAGCGCAGGCUCCGGACGCGCAGGCUCAGCGGCCAUGGCUCACGGGCCCAGCCGCUCCGCGGCAUGUGGGAUCCUCCCGGACCUGGGCAAGAGCCCGUGUCCCCUGCAUCGGCAGGCAGGCGGACUACCAACCACUGCGCCACCAGGGAAGCCCUGGGGCAGCUUUUCUAAUUUGGAAUCUAAAAGAGACUCAGUAGGACCUCUUUUCCGCCCUGGGUGGGGAGGGGCUACAGAAGUGCGUGUUCACUGUGGCGGGUGGGUGUGUGUUUACACAAUUUAAUUUCAACUUUGAAAAUGCUGCUAUUCAUUUGCACUGUUGGUGAACUGGAAUUUUCCCCCAUGGAAAUACUUUCGAACAUACAGUAUUUAUUUUAUUUUAAGGGUGCUAGGUUUAACUUUGUUAAAUUAAAAUGCUUAUCUUGUUUGUGCUCCAUUCAAGCACAGCACUGAUUUUUUUUUUUUUUUUAACAACCGGCACUUAAUGUGAAAUAACUGAUGUGGGAUACAGUAACUGACUUAAGGAUUUUGUUUGUAACCCUAACAUUGAGCCACUGAAACAUGCUUUUGAGCAAA